GCUCUUAUGAUAGACAAUGCAAAAUUGCAUUGAGGUAUUUCGUUUCAACAGUGAACGGAUGAUAUUACGUACAGUGAAAUGCGCAGGCUGCGCGCAGUAGCUAUUCUCAAGAAGAUCAUUUGUCGUGCGCAACGCGCAUCAUAUUUUUCUUAAUAUUAGUGUAAGUUAUCGCUUUAAAACGGGUAGGUAACUACAGUAGUCUCAUUGCAAAGUAAUACAAAAAGUAAUAAUGAUUCAUGAAGUAUAGUAUCAGGCUGAAUUAAAACAUGAGCACGUCAUUUGUAACUCAAUAAGUAUAAUUUUUGAUGUGAUAUUUAUCCUGAUAAAACACGUACGUUAUGUGACAUGUGCCGCUUAUAUUAAUCAGAUUUAAAUUCGGAAAAAAACAUCUAUAUCCUUGCUGUUUGGCCGAUUUGUUGAUCCAUGUGACUUUAAUCGCUCGUUUUAAAGUACCUUAUCAAAGUCGCUAUUGCGUUUUAAAUUGUGACGACCGCGUAUUUAAAGCUUAGCCAAAAAAAGCUCGCGGUUCAGUCACUCAGGUGCGAUUUUCUUGGGUUAAACUUCACUGUUGUCGUCAACACGCUCAGUCGUUGCCAUGGAUACGAAGCAAGCGCGUCCGACUCUUAAAAAAGAAGGUGAAAAAUCUUCCAAGGUUAACGCUUAUAAAAAGGCAGAUGGCAGGAUGACAUCCCGGAAGAAGUCGAAGAAAACGAAGCACGGCUCCUUGAAAUCGAAUGCGAUUGAGGAGCAGUUGAGUCUGUUCGAAGAGCCUUUGACUGUGGGACUGAUCGAAGAUGACUAUUUCCACCAGCUGCCCACUUUCUCCCAUCUGACCAUCAGAAAAUACACGGGGGAAAUGAGUGAGGACUUGUUUCACGGAGAAGGUGUUGCCGUAUUUGCGGAAGGACAUGUGUACAAGGGGAGGUUUUCCAAGGGAAUCAUUGAAGGAAGUGGUGUUUUUACUUGGGCCGAUGGCGUCACAUAUGAGGGAGAAUUUGUGCGCAACCUGCCGACUGGGGAAGGUCUGUACACAUGGUCAGAUGGCAGCUACUACAAAGGGAGCGUGUACAAUGGUGUCCGACAUGGAAGUGGGACGUACAAGAAUGCCCAAAAUGGUGUGGUGUACAUAGGACAGUGGCAGCAAAGCAAGAGACAUGGGAGGGGGGAGGUGUACUACAACAAGGACCAGACAUCUUGGUACAAAGGUGACUGGAUGAUGAACAACAGAGAGGGCUGGGGAGUGCGAUGCUACCCCUCUGGCGAUGUCUACAUCGGCCAAUGGAAGAACAACCUGCGGCACGGGGAGGGCUCCUUGUGCUGGCAGGAGCUGGAGCAGCAGUAUGAUGGAGGCUGGCAGGAGGGAUUACAGCAUGGACAGGGCACACAUGUCUGGCUGCUGCGGAGAAUGGACGGAUCCUUGUACUGCCAGAGCAAUAGGUACACAGGAGACUUCCUGAUGGGAAAGCGACACGGGCGGGGAACCUUUUACUAUGCGAGUGGUGCCAUCUAUGAGGGGGAGUGGAAGAACAACAGGAAACACGGGCAGGGCAAAUUCACAUCAAAGGACUGCCAUGUUUAUGAAGGAGAGUUUGUGGACGACCAACUGGUGAUGCCCGACCUGAGCGGAAGCAGAGCGCUCACUCCACACUGUGCGCUGACCAUGUCAGGUAACACUCAGUCCGUGUUGGACACAGACAUGACCUUAAGCAUUGCGUCCUUUCUGGAGAACUUUCCCCUGAGCAAACGAGAGACGGAGCACAGACAGGUGGAGUUUGUAAUCCUGAGGUACAACAGAGAACUGAGGGCCAUCUACACAUGGUACAGCAGACUAGGACGGACUCAAACCCCGGAUAACAUCUUCCAGCUCUCCCACAUACAGCGCUGGCGUCUCCUGAAAGACUGCCAUAUCCACCACCAUGGAUACAGCCUCACACAGCUUGACCGCCUCGUGAGAGAGCAGAGCAACAUCGAGGAGAAUUCCUCUCCCUCCUCCACCCUGCUUCUUCGUCGACUCCUCAGCUACCUGGUGAUCAUCGCUUACCACAUCUACAACGAGCAAAUGUCAACAGAAAAACACAUUUUGGCUGCCUGCUUAACUAAACUCUUGACGCACAGUGUUCUGCCCAACACUUCAGCAGAGAAACGGGUGAAAGGGUUCGUCUUCGGUUGUCCUGAGCGAGGAGUGUUCGCAGCAACAUUCAUCCCUAGGUGCUGGGAAAUCUUUCAGGUUUACUGUAAAGAUGAUUUAAACACCACCGAUCCCCCAACCAUGACUUGUCGGGAACUUCUGUGGAUGUUCCAGAAAUUCAAUCUGUUCAGCACCAAGUUGACCACAAAGAUGUUGAUCAAGAUCAUCACAGCAGAGAGUCUAGACCCCAAGAACCUCUCAGUUGAGCUGCAACAUGAGAUGAACUUUCUGGAGUUCUUCGAGGUCCUGAUCGGAUGUGCUGGGCUGGACUGUCAGCGGAUCCGCCUCAAUAAGAAGAGCCAGUCUAAUGGAGCUUCAUCGAGCUGGGACAGUCCAGUGGAUCAGAACAGAACCCAGGCGUGUCAGUCAGCUGAAUCCUCAUCACAUUUGACACAAGCAGCAGCCGAUCUGUGCCCAGGAAAUGAUUGUGUCUGCCCUGAAAUCCAGGCAGUGGAGGCUACAAAAGACCCUGACCUGGAACUCUGGAUUCAGAUGGUCCAGCAGUUCUUCAACUAUCUCUUCUUUCCCAUGUCGGAACAUUACCUGCUAAUCAGCCGGAAAGUGAGGGAGGACAAGAUGAGUGCAGCUGAGGCAACUGAGCAAAAGGGCGAGGCUGUGGAGUUAAACUAGUGCUGUGGGGUAAACGGAUGACACAGUAAGAUGUAUGCACAACUGCUCAGUACCAUAGAAGCUUGUUCAUCGUUGUACAAAGAGGAUGGGAUGUGUUUUGUGAAUGCAUUUGUUAGCAUCAAAAGAAAACGAGCUCGUUCGUAAAAGGAGUCGCUCUUUUAUUUCCAGUAAGCACUCACUAUUUACAAGCCACACAUGAUGACAUCAUACUUUAGACUCAGCAAAACCCGAUCAGGUGCAUGUUAAUUUUAAAUUCAGCUCUGACAAAUUCAAAAUUAAACUAAACAUAUUUUUAUUUAAACAAAACAAACAACAGUUAUGUACAAAGACAAUGGGACUUCAGCAUGGUAAAAAUCUGCAUUAAUUACAUCUGAAAAUUACAAUUGUGGAAUAUUAAAUAAAAAAGAAAAACUAAAAAAUAUGAAAGCUUUGUAUUUAUUUUUUACCUUAAAAUGCAAUUAUUGCAUUACACUGGCUGCUGCCA